UAUACCAGAGUUGAUCAAGCUCCUGAACGAUGAAGACCAAGUAGUCGUCUCCCAAGCCGCGAUGAUGGUCCACCAGCUGUCCAAGAAGGAAGCCUCCCGCCACGCCAUCAUGAACUCGCCAGAAAUGGUCGCCGCCUUGGUCCGAGCUAUCUCAUACAGCAACGACCUAGAGACCACCAAGGGAGCAGUGGGAACCCUGCACAACUUGUCGCACCAUCGCCAGGGGUUGUUGGCUAUAUUCAAGAGCGGUGGAAUCCCAGCUUUGGUCAAGCUGCUUAGUUCGCCAGUAGAGUCCGUUCUCUUCUACGCUAUAACGACUCUCCACAACCUCCUUCUUCAUCAAGACGGAUCCAAGAUGGCCGUGCGUUUAGCUGGAGGUCUGCAAAAGAUGGUGGCUCUGCUCCAAAGGAACAAUGUCAAGUUCCUGGCUAUCGUGACUGAUUGCCUCCAGAUCCUGGCCUAUGGGAACCAGGAGUCGAAGCUGAUUAUCCUGGCGUCUCAAGGGCCUAUUGAACUCGUGCGCAUCAUGCGCUCUUAUGACUAUGAGAAGUUGCUGUGGACCACCUCUCGGGUGUUGAAGGUCCUCUCAGUCUGCUCUAGCAACAAACCGGCUAUCGUAGAAGCGGGCGGCAUGCAGGCCCUCGCGAUGCACCUCGGCAACCCUAGCGGACGCCUCGUGCAGAACUGCCUCUGGACUUUGAGGAACCUUUCCGAUGCUGCUACUAAGCAGGUGGAAGGCUUGGAGGGCCUGCUGCAGAGCCUGGUGCAAGUCCUGGCGUCGACUGACGUGAACAUCGUCACUUGCGCCGCUGGCAUCCUGUCCAACUUGACUUGCAACAACCAGCGCAAUAAGGUGACAGUCUGCCAAGCCGGCGGCGUGGACGCUCUGGUCCGUACUGUAGUCUCGGCAGGAGACCGCGAGGAGAUCACCGAGCCGGCUGUGUGCGCGUUACGUCAUCUUACUUCGAGACACAUGGAAAGUGAGAUGGCUCAGAACGCUGUGAGAGCGCACUAUGGACUGCCGGUGAUAGUGAAGCUCCUGCAGCCGCCGUCCCGCUGGCCGCUGGUCAAGGCAGUGGUGGGCCUGGUCCGCAACCUGGCGCUCUGCUCCGCCAACUACGCGCCGCUCCGCGAGCACGGCGCCGUGCACCACCUCGUGCGGCUGCUGAUGCGCGCCUUCAACGACACGCAGCGGCAACGCUCAUCGGUAUCCGGCGGCGGCGGCCCAGGCGGCGCUUACGCAGACGGCGUACGAAUGGAGGAGAUUGUGGAGGGAGCCGUGGGUGCACUGCACAUCCUGGCUCGAGACAGCGUCAACAAGCAGCUCAUACGCCAGCAGAAUGUCAUACCGAUAUUCGUGCAGCUGCUGUUCAAUGAGAUUGAGAAUAUACAGCGCGUGGCAGCCGGAGUUCUUUGCGAGCUGGCCGUGGACAAGGAAGGCGCUGAAAUGAUAGAAGCAGAGGGCGCUACCGCUCCGCUGACAGAGUUGCUGCAUUCGCGUAACGAAGGUAAACGAACAUUAUUUAUUUCAGACUACAUUUCUUUAUUAAUUAUUUGAGAAUUUUCAUUCAAA